AUGGGAGGUAGUCCAUCAAAGAGUUCAUAUCGAACACAACCGGGGGGAUGGCUGACUACGAGGACUCCUGCAGAAACGCAGGAGCCGCCCACAGAGACUCAGGGCACACAGGAAACAGCGGCACUGCCUCCUAGGAAUGCCGGGAGUAAAGAUGGCAAACGUUCGUUGUAUACCAUGGAGCCUGGCUAUCCAACACCAGUGCCACCUCCGAACAAUCUCGUUGGUAUCCUGAGUGUUACGGAUGUCACAGUUCCGAACUCCCUCGCAAAAGAGAUAACUGCAGACUCUUGUAACACCAUGGAAGAAUUGGUAGAGGAAUUAACCGGUGAUUUUAAUAUGGAUAUCCUCAAAGUAAGGGCCAUUUUUAUGUGGGUUGGGACACAGCCCUUCACCGUCCAACAGUACCCCGACGACGCCGACCCCGAGUCACCAACUGGAUACCUGCGACGGAUGGCCAUGGGCAAAAUGUCAUAUGCCGAGAUAUUCACGAUCAUGUGUCGACUGGCUAAGGUGCCGUGUGUAAUGAUACCCGGGGUAGCAAAGUCCUCUGCGUAUGAGGUGGGCGACGAAAAUGUAGACAAACUAAGGAAUGUGUGGAAUGCAGUAUAUGUGGCGGGAGGUUGGAGGAUCAUUUUCCUGCUAUGGGCCUUCCGAUCCAUUGCCGGCAAGAGCACAGGAGUCGUACCCAUCGCUGAUCCGACAAGCGAAGAUUACAAGAACCAGGAAAAGAUGCUAAAGGAAAAGAUAAUAUCUACUGUGAAAGAAUAUUACUUCCUCACCAGUCCUGAGGAAUUCGUGUAUAGGUGUUUACCUGAUGAGGAAAAAUGGCAGAUGUCUUAUAAAAAAUUCAAUAAGGCAAAAUUUAUAAAAAUUCCGUAUCUACGUCCAAAGUUCUUUGAGCUUAACCUGCAGUUAUCGAGUGCCCCCGAGGGUAUUCUGACGACAGACAAUGGCGUGAGUGAGGUGAUGAUUAAGCAUGGUGCUGGGCCCGUGGCUUUGGUACACGACCUUCUAUACAACGAAAGUCAAUCUAAACAGAAACUGCCUCCAGGUGUUCAGUUACCCCGAUACUGCGUUAUCAUAAAUGACGGCGACAAAGUACGCUUUAGCAUGCGUUUUCCUUUCGCUGGCGUAUACAAACUACAGGUUCUAGAUGCGGAGUUCGAAUGGCUUUGCUCCUUCAAAAUCAUAUGUAAAACUGCAAAACAGCUCUGCGAGCCUUUCCCUGAAGUGUCUAAUAUCGGAUUUGGGCCAUGUCGGGCGACACUUGACGCCAAACUCACGGCCGAAUCCCACAAUGAGGGUGUGAUUAAGGUGAUAGAAAAGAAGGAAAUUGAGAUGAUGUUCUCUGUUCCCCAGACCGUAUCUGUGAAGGCAGUGUUGAAUAGUGCUAAAAUACCGGGAAAAGCUCUAAAAGAUUGUGUUAAACAGCGGGUACAGUUUGACAGUCUGACAAUCAAAGUGACUGUACCUCACAGAGGCGAUUUCUGUCUUAAAUUACUGACUAAGGGCAAAAAUCCCUCAGACAAAUACCGGGUGGUCUGUAAUUACUUACUUACUACAGACGAGUUUAACUCGAAGAAAAAACCGAGAACGUACGAGAACGCCGAAGAGAAGAACGCACGUACACGUCUAUUCAACGCACUGAUAAAGGGGGAUAACCCCGCCGAACUUCAGGAAGCAAUAGACAAAUUCAACGUGUUAAACCUGCCUGACGACGGAGAGGUAGCGAAGGCUAAAACCCAGGUGUGCUACCUUAAAACAAUGAAAGAUUUUAAAGAAGGUCUAAGUCGACGAAACCUUCCCAUAUUAGAAAAGGCUAUGGAAAACUCCAAAACCCUGCCUAAAACGGAUGAGAUAAAACCUUUAAUACGUCAGUCCUCAAAGAUGGUCAGGAACCUGAGAACUCUGAAGAAGCACUCUCAUGAUGUACUUGCAUUGAGUUCCAGAACAAUAUCAGAACUUCAUCGGUACAAGGAACCCGUGCCUAUUAUGGUGGACAUUAUGCGCGCCACCUACCUACUUCUGGGCGAAAAUGAGUCUACAGUGGCAGAGUGGGAAGACCUCCAGACGUUAAUGAGGAAGACAGGUCGUGAUAGUCUAAGUGUUAGAAUUCGUCUUUUUGAUGUAACAAAACUGAAAGUUCCAUUGGCCAAGAAAGUGCUCGGGAUCCUCAGUCAGUACGACAAAGAAACAGCUCUCGGGGCCAGCGCCGGCGCAGGCACCUUCUAUCAGUGGGCAAGUGGCGUAGCCCAGGAUGUGAUAUCCGAAGAAUCCACUACACAGACAGAUAAUUCAUCCACCCCUUUGGACAGCCCUGACACUCCACAAGGCAAACAACGUGACACACCACAUGAUACACCACGUUUCACACCUAUUGACACAUCACGUGACCAAAAACAAAAUACUGAGGAGAACGGAGUACCAAUAACUACCAGGAGCGAUUCAGUUUCACCGUGUCUUAGCUUGAUAGCUACAUAG